AUGUACCAGUCUGAUGAGAUUGAUUUCCUUUAUCCUCUACUUUCUUUUUACCUGCAACCUGCGGUUCCAACACCUGGGUCAUUUGAUUCGAUGCGUCUUUCAGAGAACUCGAUGCUUGAUUCCUCGUGUCUAGUUGUAACCCGACCAACUGUUCUUGCAACUGAUCUUCCCUCAUUUAUCAUCCUCAGUAGCCGGUCUCUCUACUAUCUCAAGUCCUCACAGCGCCGCUCGAGAGCCAAACCCGAAGGAGUAACGGCCGCCGUAUCCGACCUCCAGGCGACGAAGACCACCAAAGGCCCAAAGCUAACUCACUCUCAAACUUCUCUCACGCGAACGGUCACUCCAAAGCACCAAAGAACCAACGCCGGCCACCGUGGCCUCCGCCAAGGGCCUUUAAGUGUUUUGAUGCUGCCCAAAAGCCAGACGAAACCGGUGACAAAUCUCACACAACGGAGGCCUCUAACACAGGUUAUGGGUGCCAAUGUGAUUGGGUGUUUGGGUGUUGUGCUGUUGGAGUUUUGUCGGGCGUGCACGAGAUAUUGCCGUUGGUGGGUGAUGGGAACCGAGCUGUUCUGCUCGGGUUUGGUGUUGGCAUUGACAGUGGAGCUUCAGCAGUAUGGGCAUAGGUGACAUGGGAACAUGGGACAAGGCCUCGGGAGGCACCAGCUGCUGUUGGGAGUGGAGUAGAGAAUCGAGAUGUUCUGCUCGGGUUUGGUGCUGGCAUGGGCAGCUGCUCGGUUCUAGCGUUUCACGUGGGAGACAGUUGCUAGGGAGCUGUGUUGCACAUAGAAGACAUGGACGACAGCCACCAGUGGUCUCACGUGGGAAGCAAUGGGCAACUCGGGUCGGGUGACUGCUUCAAUUAGGUCGGUUUACAAUCGAGUUUUAGCUGGGUCGGGUCUUGAUGUAAUUGGGCUAGCUUUGCUAUUGGACUCUAGAUGUAAAUGGACUUUACACUUAAUUGGACUAUGAAUUGACUUUAAAUUUUGUGUCUUGA